CACACAUUAAUUAAGGAAAGACAACCAACGUUAAUCGUUAAGCUAGAUUAUUUGCAGGCAGGCAUGAUUUCUCGGCCUAGACGCUGGUCUCCCACGCCGGAGCAGCUGAUGGUGCUGCAGGAAUUGUACCGGAAAGGGUUGAGGAAUCCCAACUCGUCUCAGGUGAGGACAAUCACCGCCCACCUCUCGUUGUACGGCAAGGUCGAGGGGAAGAACGUGUUUUACUGGUUCCAGAACCAUAAGGCUAGAGAUAGGCAGAAACUUCGGAAAGCUCUUCUUAAACAAAUGCACCACCGCCACUUGCCGUUUCCCGCACCCCCGCCACCACCUUCCGCCACCGCCGUCACUACUCCAAAUCACCAUCCCAAGUCGUUGCUUGAUUCCGCCUCUUCCCACCGCCACUCGCUCUUUAAUAACCCCAAUACAUUUCUUCAUCAUCAGGGCGGGGAUGAAGAGGGAAGUGAUAUGGAGAAUUGCAUGAUGAUGAGAAUGUAUGGUCGUGAUUGGAUGUUGAUGAUGGGGGGAAUGCUGCCAACUUUUCCAUGUUACGUUGACAGAACGCCCAAAACCCUAGAGCUCUUCCCUCUCAAGUCAACCAACAUGAAGGACGACCAAAGCAGCAGCAACGACGACAAUUGCUAAAGCCGUUACAUUUUGCCCUUUCCUUCUUAGUUUCGAUGUUUUUAAGGUUUUCAUAAUGUAAACAUGUAUGUAGGUAGCUGCUGUGAGAUCUGUGUUAAGUUAGUUACUUAGUUAGUAGUAUGAGUGUGAGAUUCACAAUAUAUGCAAUAU